UGCUGCUACUACGGCGACGACGACGUCUACCACGGACGGCGACGACGACGACGUCCAUGGUUCGGAAACCGCACAUUGCGCUGCAUGGUUAGGGGUUUAAAGCCUUUCUUUUCGCCCAGCUGCAGAUCCCAUUCAGUCUCGAAUCAGACGCGCUGCGAGACAGAUCCAUCUUUCCCAGAGUUAAGGGGUUUGUGCACCGUGGUGUUGUGGUGUCACUUUUGUCCCAGAAGUGCUGAAGUGUGGUUUAAUAAUUGAUUCUACUGGUGUUCUGGAAGUCCUAUACUGGAUUCUAGUUUUGAGAACAAAUUUGGCUUGGCGUUCUGGGGUCACUGGAGUUCUAUGAUCAUCGAAAAAUAAUUACCCAAGUCUUACGGAAAAAAAGUGCGUGCUAGAAUGUGAUUCAGAAGGCUGACUUGACUUGACCUUCCCAAAUGCUUGUGACGGAUUCAGUGCGAGAAGAAAGCUACUCGGCCCGUAUGAAAAGUGAAAAAGCAAAACAAACGAAACAGCAAAAGCCACAAAGUCGGAGAAGAAGUCAAAACAUGUCCAACUAGCGGCCGUCAAUGGUAAUGGUUGUCCGAAGUGUGUACCCCGUACUAAGAGUUUGCAGUGCAGAGUGAUUAUCUAUAGCCAAGGAAAGUGUCGGGCAUCGUAACAGUAUAGAAGACGCAAAGCGGAGAAAACUCUCGGUUGCAUCGUAAAAAAAAAGCUGCUUUUUAUUAUACAAAAUCAACAAAACGUACGAAGGAAGUGCAUUGCCCUUGGAGUGACUCGAACGCGGAGUUCAAGCUCAAAAUCAACCGAAAAUUAGAUCUUGUUUUAUUGGAGCUAUAAUUCAGGGAGAGGGACGCACGUUUGGUGAGAAUGGCGAUUGAUGUCGCCAAAAGAUGUUGGGUUACGGCAUUGGCCUUAGUUUUAAGCUUGUCGGGCAUCCAUGCUGGUGAACGAUGGUCCCGGCAGCUGACAGAUUAUGGAAAUGUGCAAGGCAGUGAUUGGAUUCCUCUGUCGCGGCCUGGAGAUCGACAGGCUGGUGCUAAGGUGCUCAACUACUUUGACAAUACUGGUUUUCUAGGAAACGAUAACAGUGCCCAACCGCAGCAUCACCAGUUCUCGUACGUGAACCAGCCAUUCGGAGCACAGUCCAGCAGAGUGGUAUUCCCACCGCCUCCAGUUGCACAGCCUCUUCAACAAGAACUAGAACCGGCAUUCAACCAGCCCUUUGGCAGCCAUCAGUCGUUUAUUCAACAUCCACCAUUUGGCGGAGUGCAGACUAUCCAGAGACAUCCACUUCCAGCGUUCAAUCCUCAGCUGCCGAAAGAAAACCUAGUCCAGGAGAAGCCUUCCUUAGUUGAGCAUCAGUAUCAGUUUCCAUCCCAGGCUCAACCACAGACUACGCAUCUUCGACAACCGCCAACUGCUGGUCACCCAGGACAACCUCCAGCUGGAGUGUCCCAAGAAGAAGUUCAACUGCUCUACGUCCCCGUAGAAACCCUGUACAAUCAAAAACAAACGCCCGAAAAUACUCGUUUUAAUUCUUUGCCUCAGCCCGUUAGUGCAUCGCUUAUCAAUGACUUCUAUACAGCAGCGACAACUACGGCUAAACCAAGAACUACGAAUACUCCAUUCACAACCAAAGCUGCUCCGAGUGUUGCGUUGCCCAGCAAACCUAAGCCCAACCAACCUCCACUAGCAAUGUUCAUGUACAACGACGACAAACAAGCCAAGCUUUCCGUUUCAGAUGCUUUAUCGAAUCUUAAGAACGUCAACAACAUUGCCGUAUUGGACAGCCUAAGCAAGAACUUGCCCAAGGUAUUCAUUGGGCCUUCCGGUUUAGCUCCGCCCAAAGGAUACUCCAAAUUCGAGUUGCCAUAUCUCUCCAGCAUUGACCAAACCCGACUCAGUGCCAAGACUGGAGAUCUUCCCUUCUUCGUAGCUCCACAAAGCUACAAGACUCCCGGGGGAUUCUCUAAAAUCCCACUUCCUGCUCCGCACGUUGGGUCUGUGAUUGUACAGCAACCAUUGAUCCAGUCCAACUACUACCGUCAACCGGAGAACAUCGAAUACUACCAACCUGCGACCCUGAAGUUCACAGAUAUCACAACUAAAUCUCCUAUCACUUUACCUGCCAGCAAACCCCAGUACGAUUCGGAUCACUACACUUCUCCAACUUCAAAACCCACCACCGACCGAAGCAACUACAGUCGAGGAAAUACUCAAACUCCACAAGAAUCCUACCGACAACCACAAACAGAGCGCGCCCUUUUCUCUCACUCACCAUUCAACAGCGUCAACACCAACCGACACAUUGUCAACGAAGAAUACUUCAACUUAGCCAAAACCAAGAAACCUACUACCCCAAGCCCAACACAAAGCUACAGCCCCAAGACCUACAAACCCUUCGACUUCAAACCCAUCCCUGAACAGAAGAUUCCUUUGUAUCCAGAAACUGACGACUUUACUACCCAGAGAACCACAACUACGACAGAAAGGCCACACACUUCUCGACAAGAAGAGAACCGCAUGAAAUCUUUCUUCAAAGAGGAAAACUUCCGUAAUCGACGACCUUACACACAGCCCACAGUUGCGUCUACAUACGAAGAACAGGAAGUCACACAACCCGUUCGUGCCAGUCAUGAAAAGGAAGGCCAAUUCGUCCACAAAUUCAAGCUGGUAGAUUCGCAGGACAAUCACGAUACGCUCAAGACUGUCGUUUCAAACCAACCAGCCAACGGAGCGCAACAGGUCAUUCGAAACAAUUACUUCUCACAGAACACCAACGAAGAACCUCCGAAGCAGAAGUUCGUUAGCACAUACUACGCCCCAACAACCACAUCCACGACUUUGGGAACGACUACCCCAGCAGCUUCCUCAACCCUCCAAGAUUCGUUCUUCAAGGAGUUCGAAGAGAAGAGCAAGCAAUACGAACCGGAGACUUCCCGAUUCCCACAAAGUCGUCUGCAAAAUCAGGAAUCAUUCUUGAACCGCUUCACCGAGACGACAUACACCAACAAGUACAAAUACGAAACUAACACCGAUGAUGCUCAUUACCCUGUUGAAGUCGUCACAACUCAGGAACCAAUUAGGCACGAUACGUCCAACGACGUAACAGUUCCUCCAUCGGAGCAGUCGUACAGUAUUCCCUCGGAGCUACCGCCGAUCAGCGCAAACUUACCAGGUUUAGUAAACUCUCUCAUGGAAGACGAAUGGCCACACAAGAAGGGAGAACAGGACUCUUCACCACCAGCUACAACCAAAGGACACUUCCGCAAGCAGAACCACCGCACCACUGAAGCAACCACAACUCCAGAACCAUAUUCCUCGGAAGUCACGACUCGCCGCAUUCGAGGACGACGCCCUACAACUGCCAGCUCUUCCAGUUAUGACUCUGCAGCUCCCACUCGAGCUACAACCGUCAACCGAAGCCGAUCGCGAUAUGUCGCAGCUGAUGGCGAACGAUCGAACAGCAGAUCCCGAACUAGAUCCCGCGCUCAGAGCGGCUCUUCUCGCAAGGAAGAAGAAAACCUCGAAUAUCAGCGCGAUGUACUGAAACAGAACUACCCAGUCAUCCGGCCAAGCUCCGCACCUGGAACAACCACCGCGACCACACCACCCCCGCCACCGCCAACCACGACUACAUCCACAACCCUAGCGACGACCAGUCCUGUAACAUACCAACAGAUCUACGAAGAACAAACCGAACGAUACAAUCCGUACUAUUCCUCGCCGGAACCCCAAAACUACUCCGAGGAACCAGCGAAAUACGAAGAAGUGUCCAUCCCCAAGAAGGAAAUCUUCCACACCGAGAACUAUUACGAACCGGAAGUAACCACGACGUUGCCACAGACUACCUACAAGCAGCUGUACAGCCCAGAACCAACCACGGAAGAAAUCGACGACGAAUCCGUACGCGUCCUGCCCGUUGACCACCCGGUUGAACCUAAACGCGAGAAACCCGUUGAAAUUCAGCGUGAAAAACCCGCCGGCGCCAUCCAGACUCAAUUACCACGGCGACAACCGGCCCGGCAACCAUCCUACCAGCUGCCAGAAGAACAACAUCCAACCCCCUCGUACAACAGCCACGAAGACGAAAUGGAAAUCCGCAAGGUGGAAAUCACUCCGCGACCCAGACGACCACUAUCCCGACAACCAGUCUACUCACCCAGAACUACGGCCCACACGGAGCGACCGACCACGGAACGUACCACGCCCGAACCGUCAUCAUCAUCAUCAUCGUCCAGAGGGUCAUCUGUCCAGCGCCGUCCAGCGUUCGUGCGACGACCCGCUAGACCGCUGUACACGACGACCCCUGCCCCGACGACGACCUUCUCGAGCCGAGGCGUGUCCACCGGCGACGACGAACAGCCCACGCAAGGAUCUUACACCGUGCGUCCCAAGAGUCGCCAGGACAUCCUCCGCGGAAGAACCCGACGGCCAGUGACGACCACCGUAGCCACCACUACCACCGCUUCUCCAGAGCCUCCGGUCACUAGAGGGUUUGCGAGAAAUAAGGACCUGAGAAGGGUGUCUCCGACCAGUCGAUCUAGACAAGAACCACGAGAACGCGAACGUGACCAACGCGACCAACCCGCAGAGACGACAACGACGCAACCGCCGCGAUUCCGCAUCCGAGAGCGCACGCGCUUCAACCUGCAGCCGCAGGAAUCGCAAUGGUCGACCAAGCUGACGCAGAACUCGUUCCAACCGGUGCAGGACAUCGAGUCGCGCAGCAAGAACUACGAGGGGGAACGAACGACGGCCACCGAGCCGGAAACGGAAAUUGUAACCGCCAGUGCACUGCAGCAGCACCAGGAGGACGUCCAGCUGAUCAGCGUAUCGGCCAACAUGGGCGGCGCACCGACGGCACAGGACGGCAAGGAACGAGGAAACGCCAAGCACGGCAGUGACGUUGUGGCGAAACAGGUGGAACUCAGCCAGGAGCCGCCGCGAGCGGAAGAGGACGAGGAGAAUAGCAACUCCCCCUCAUUUGCUGAACUGCUCAACGACGUGAUGAAGGAAUACAUCGACACUAACCUCCAGCAGGGUGAAACGGAAAGCAAACCCGCAGAAAAUGAAGUGCUCCUAGAAGAACCCAAACCCGUCACCAGCGAACCGCCACGUGCUUCCGGCGAACGCAAACCCUACAACAUUCGGUCCAACUUCCGCAAACGGGGUCGCUCCCACGCGGUAGACACCUUCGAAACAGCCGAAUCGCAGCACAUCAACAGCCACGUGUACAACACGGCCGGCUUCGAAUCGCUCAAGACCAUCGACAAGGCUGCCCUACAGGGUAAGAACUUGGCCAACGAAGCCAAGGGAAGCAACGUGGUACCGGAAGCUCCGGUGACAACUACAACCACCACAACGGAAGCACCGGCGACCGAUCUUCCGGAAACGACAACGUACGGUGCACAGGACACUACCCCUCUCUAUGAAACGACAUCCAUUCUACCGACUGAAAGGGAAGUUACCACGGCGAUUCCUACGCUGGAGGCACAAUCCGACGACGAUGAACACCAGUUCUCGACGGAGCAGUUCUACGACGACGAGCAGGAUCAAAUCGAAGACGAAACCGAUCAUCAGCAGGGCAUUUUCGACGACGUAAAAAAACAGCUUUCCGAUCUAUUUGCCAUGGCCGAAAACGAUCCGGAAACGGAGGAAGUCGAAGACGACGAAGAACAGUACAGGCCGGUGGCCAUGGCCAGCUACCAUGAAACAGAACAAGCCAGCACAGAAAAUCCCAUCACGAGCACCACGAUAUCGUCAGACGCCGUGGCGCCAGCUGCGAGCGAGAACCGGCAAGAAGCGGCGACGGACGUGGCCGCCAAAAGCGCCUCCGACGAUGCCAUGGGCCCGAUGGCCAUCCCAACGUCCACCUCCAAUGGUAUCACCCAUGAAACGGAAAUCUGCUACCGGGGGCGAUGCAUCAAAACCGACGAGAAGAAGCCCAAGAAGAGCAAGUUCAAGCAGAACUGAGCUUUGGCAGGGGGCGAAAAUUUAGUC